AUGAACCGGCAAUCUAACAAACAAGAAACAUUCAAUUUAGGCGAUCCUUUGCCGCUAUCGUACUUGCCCACCACAACAAACCAAAACAAAUCUAAACCCAACAGAUUCACGUCAGUAUUUGAAAUGCCACAAGGUACACAAAGUACACAAGGUCCACCAGGUCCACAAGCUCCAAUUUCCCAUCGAGUUUCAUCAUUGCCCAAGAAUAAUGCAAAUACUGAAUCCAAUUAUCGAAUAUUCAACCGUACACCAAGUAUACGAAAACCAAGUCAAACUUCUAUUGAAGAACGUAUAAGAAACAAGGUGAUACAAUUAAACUACGAAUUAGAUGAGAUUGCUCACGAGAUUACCGACUUUGAAUUAAUUGACAUUAAACUUGAUGAAAUACUCGGCUUGAUAAAUGACCUCAAGAACCAAAAAAUGGAGAUUAAUAAUGUACAAGACGAAAGUAAUGAUACACAAGUAGAUGAGCUACUCAGAAAGUUCGAGGGUGCCAAAGCUAAAGCUAAUUUGCAAAACACAAGGAUAAAGACCGCCUCAACUUGGUUUACCACUGGCAUUUACAACUCGAGGUAUUGGAUCUUGAUGGCUCUUCUCGCAGUUGCCCUAUUUUUCACCAGCUCUGUAAUUGCUGCUGAUUUCAAAUAUCGAUAUUGUUACUACUUUUGCUGA